AUGAGGAGAUUUAUAUUACAGAAAGCGCCAGUAUUAUGUUGGAGAUUAUUUCAGCUGUUAUUGGUGACGGUUAUUUUUGGUUUAGAAUUUACACAAGUAAAAGUAUACAAAUUAUGGUAUUAUGAGGAACCGUCGCAUGGGAGCGCAUCUUAUUAUUGGCUAGUCAUCUUCAUGACUUAUGCAACGCUAUUAUAUUUCAUGUCAAGUUUUUCAUAUCGAUGGAUAACUGGACCAUACAAGACAUUAAUGAAUAUGAUAUCAGCGUUUAAUGGAGAGAAAUUAGCAUGCGACUACCCAGAAGAUAUGAAUCAACGCGUUCGCACAACUCGUUGUCGUCUAUUUCUUUCAAGCAUGUCAUUAGGUUGGAUAGUUGCGGCCUCUUUCAUGUGUUCUUCAUACAUAUCAAUAAUGAGAUGGCGUAAACGUCCGAUUGAAGCCAUGACAACUAAAUUCAUUGAACCUCCUACGGUACCGAAUAAACCUGAUACUUAUCUUGUACAAAAGGGAGUUUUGGCAGACGGACAGCCUGUAUUAUUUUUCCAUAUGGCUCAAAAAAAUUCUAAUUCAAAUUUAACGUCGGCAAAAGGUGGUGCAAAUGGAAAUGCUACACCUUCUACUACUAGCUCUAAUAAUGCUUCAAAUAGUAAUCUAAAUAAUUCUACAGCACAUCAAAACACUUCUACAUCAUCUAGAGCUAGUAUUUAUCUACGUGGUAAAGAUACCACUGAAGUUUAA